AUGGAAGAGGUGAAUGAGACCAUUGUGACAGAAUUCAUACUUCUAGGCAUCACCGAUCUCCGGGAGCUACAAGUUUUCUUCUUUGUAACUUUUCUUUUUUUCUACCUCUUAAGUUUUUUGGGCAAUUUAAGCAUUGUGACAGUGGUUUCUGUUGACCAUGUUCUUCACACUCCAAUGUACUUUCUAUUGGGAAACCUUUCCUUCCUGGAUUUCUUCUAUGCCACCACAACAGUUCCCAAAAUGUUGUCCGGUUUACUUGUGGAAGACAAGAAAAUAUCCUUCCAAGGUUGCAUAGUCCAGCUCCACAUCUUUCAUUUCUUGGGAAGCACUGAAGCCAUGCUCCUUGCAUCAAUGUCUUAUGACAGAUAUGUUGCCAUUUGUAACCCAUUGAGAUACCACAUCCUUAUGGCUAGGGCAAUGUGUCUUCAACUAGCAUUCACAUCUUGGCUUAUUGGUUUCUUAUACUCAUUGUUCCAUACCAUUUUGACUUCCAGGCUUCCUUUCUGCAACAAGAACAAAGUAAAACAUUUCUACUGUGAUAUUAAACCUCUCUUGAAGUUGGCAUGUACCGACACACAUAUCAAUGAGAGCUUGGUCAACAUAGUUACAGGUUCUGUAGCCUUAGGCACAUUUGUUCUGAUUAUGAUCUCCUAUACCUUUAUUGCAACUCAUCUCCAGAAUAUCCGUUCAGAUCAAGGUAGAAGUAAAGCCUUCUCUACCUGCACUUCUCACCUCACCGUGGUCCUUUUAUAUUUUGGAACUGCUUUCUGCACAUAUUUAAGACCGGCUACAAAAGAUUCCUUGGAGCAAGAUAGGGUUACUGCGGUGUUGUUCACAGUCAUCACCCCUGCAUUAAACCCCAUUAUCUAUGCUCUGAGAAAUAAGGAUGUGAAAAGGGCUUUUAGGAAACUGUUUUUUGAAGGCCUACUUUUAAACUAA